AUGCGUACUCUCACCGCACUCCUCGCUCUAGCAACCUCGACAAUGGCAGAGACCCUCCUCUACAGUAACCCCCUAAACUCGACCGCCGACGUCGCAACCUGGGUAGCAGAGGGCCCCCUCACCGUAGCAGCCGUCAACGACACCCUCGAGCUCUCAGGCGGCGGCAACCCAGACGACUACUUCGUCUACUGGGUGCCCGAGGUCUUCCCCGACGGCAUCCGCAUCACCUGGGAAUUCUCCCCGCGCAAUGAGCCAGGUCUGGCCAUGUUCUUCUUCGGCGCCGCCACCGUCGCCGACGACGGCAAGGGGUCCAUCUUUGACCCGUCCCUCAAGCCUAGGAACGGGAGUUACCCGCAGUACCACUCUUCCGACAUACGCACGCUGCACGCGUCCUACUUCCGAAGGCGCUGGCCCGAGGAGAGGGCGUUCCAUCUGGCGAACCUGCGCAAGUCGCCUGGUUUCCACCUUGUUUCUCAGGGCGCGGACCCUUUGCCGCCUGUCCCAGACGCCGCUGGUGCGUUUUACAAGAUUGAGGUUAUCAAGGACAAGCGCGAGGUUAAAUUCCGCAUCAACGACUUGCCCAUCUUUGAGUUCUACGACGAUAAAUCUACGGGGCCUAUUAUUCGGGAUGGGAGGAUCGGGUUCCGACAGAUGCAGCCUCUUGUAGCGAGAUAUCGUAACCUUCAGGUGUGGAAGCUUUGA